ACCUGUUUUCAUGCGGACUAGAAACCUGCGCAAAGCUUCCUGAGCGCGAGCUACUAGCCCACCUCAUUCCCUGCCUGGAUAUUCCUGCGCUCGCGAGUUCUAUUUCGGAUCAAGCAGUGGGCGGAUGGCAGCAGCGGCGCUCGUGUUUACUCGUCUCCAGAUCCAGAGAGGAUCCUGCUUGGCCCACCAGAUUCUGAUUCAGGGUCCUCCUCCUCCGCCUCCUCCUCCUCGUCGCCCAUCCCUGGCUGCCAAGUCUUGCCAAAAGCUGCGGUGGGUUGGGGGGUGGGGAUGUGACCGCCCUCUUUCGCGCUCGCCUGGCCAUCCCUGCAGCUGGCAGGGACCUCCCCGCUCUCGCAAGGACAUCCGAGGCAAUGUUGACGAGGCUCAGCUCGGCUCGCUCCUCAAUAACUGUCAGCGUGGGUCGCCUGGCAAGGAGUCAGCCAAACACAGCAGCCUCCUCGCGAGGCGCGGGCGGCGCCGGGAGGUGCUGCUGUUGCUGCCGCUGCUGUUGCCGUCGCCUAGUCAAGCUGGGGAGAAACUAGACCCCCCAUCCCGCUCCUCCAACUGCCCCCCUUCCAUUUCUUCUGGAGCACCUUGACCCUCAAGGAUGGAGAGGCACCGUCUAAGCUCCUAGUGGCUCCAGCUGCCCGGGAACAAGCCAGGGACCUCUUGGCCGUCCGGGGAGGGAGGGAGUGGGGAAACCCACCGGGCGCUUCUCAGAUGGUGAGGGACCCCACGCAGCCUCGGUGAUCCAGGUCCGGAGGAAGCGUCCCACGUCGGGGAUCGGAGCUUUCCUCCUGCCCAACGCCUGAUGUGCUUUCUGCAGGCGCUUCUUCUCCUCCUUCUCGGACGUGUCUCCACCAGCCGAGGGGCAUGGCUGGCUGACACGACCCUCCCGUGGACCAGCAGCUUGCUUGACCAGCUUAGACAAUUGGGGGGGAAGUGGGGGAGGGGAAGGGGGUAAGGAGGAGGGCUGUGGAGCACCUCGGACCACCUGUCAGACCCUCCUCGGAUCCGGAGUCCCUCUGGGAUCGAGGGAAAGCUCGCUUUGCACUUGGGGGGGUCGUGGGGGUUGCCUUAUGGGAGACGUGGAGGGAAAGCGGGAUAUGCCUUGCAGCGUGCGGAACUGGGAAUAAGGAACAGCCAACAGAGGGGAAAAGAAGAGAAUAUCCGUGGUUUGCUCUCCCUCACCUCAGAUACCACCUCCUCCUCCCCUUUGCCUGAACAUCUCCUGCAACCUCUUCCUCCUCCUCCUCUGGGUCUGCUGCACUUUCUCCCCUCGCUUGGCUGCGCUGCUCGGAUCAUGUCCGCUAAGCUUCUGGUGGGCUUCUUCCUCCUGUCCGUUUUCCAAGCCUGCUCAAGAAAGGUUGAAGAGGAUGACUUUGAAGAUUUCACGACAAACCAAAAAUGGGUAAUGUCUCCAAAAACGCAUGACACUGACGUGACACUGUUGUUAAACAAGUUGCUGAGAGAAUAUGAUAAAAAGCUGCGGCCAGACAUUGGAAUGAAACCAACUGUCAUUGAUGUUGACAUUUAUGUUAAUAGCAUUGGCCCCGUGUCAUCAAUAAAUAUGGAAUACCAAAUUGAUAUAUUUUUUGCUCAGACAUGGACUGACAGCCGCCUUCGUUUUAACAGCACCAUGAAAAGAAGUCUCACCCUGAACAGCAAUAUGGUUGGGUUAAUAUGGAUCCCAGAUACUAUCUUCAGGAAUUCUAAAACUGCAGAAGCUCAUUGGAUUACUACACCUAAUCAGCUCCUGAGAAUAUGGAAUGAUGGGAAGAUCCUGUAUACUCUAAGGCUUACUAUCAACGCUGAAUGUCAGCUGCAGCUACACAACUUCCCAAUGGAUAAACAUUCAUGCCCACUGAUAUUCUCCAGCUAUGGCUAUCCUCAAGAAGAAAUGAUUUAUAGAUGGAGAAAAAACUCAGUAGAAGCUGCAGACCAGAAAUCCUGGAGACUCUAUCAGUUUGACUUCAUGGGUCUCAGAAAUACCUCUGAUAUUGUGCAAACAUCUGCAGGUGAUUAUAUAGUCAUGACUAUAUACUUCGAUUUAAGUAGAAGAAUGGGAUACUUCACUAUUCAAACAUACAUUCCCUGUAUAUUAACAGUUGUCUUAUCCUGGGUAUCGUUUUGGAUUAAAAAGGAUGCCACACCAGCAAGAACAGCCCUAGGUAUCACCACCGUAUUAACCAUGACCACUCUCAGCACCAUUGCAAGAAACUCCUUACCCCGUGUGUCCUACGUCACUGCCAUGGACCUCUUUGUGACUGUGUGCUUCUUAUUUGUGUUUGCCGCUCUGAUGGAAUAUGCCACCCUCAACUACUACUCGAGUUGCAGGAAGCCACACUGCACAAAGAAGAAAAAGUCGCUACCUGAUGUCAGUUUCGGGCACAUGAUGAACUAUUCUGUGCUAGAGAUGAGGCCUCCUCCUACAGUCAUCGCAUUGAAUAAUGCCAUGUACUGGCAAGAAUUUGAAGACAAUUGUAUCUAUGAAUGUCUGGAUGGGAAGGACUGCCAGAGCUUUUUCUGCUGUUACGAAGAAUGUAAAUCCGGUUCAUGGCGGAAAGGAAGGAUACACAUAGACAUUUUAGAACUAGACUCUUAUUCAAGGGUCUUCUUCCCUACAUCAUUCCUGCUGUUUAACUUGGUGUACUGGGUUGGAUACCUCUAUCUCUAGAAAUGGUGAAGGAAACUGUGUUUUCACACUUCUUAGGGAUGGAGAACAUGUGGAAGAUAAGGACCUGGCCAGUGUCAUCGCACAGAGUAAAAGGUCACCUUACGCUUUGUCAUCAGAGAAAGAGAAGAUUUUAUUUACACCUUUGCCUGAAAAAAAACACAAAAUAAAAUAUUCAUCUCAAGUAUGAGAUUAUUAUUAUUAU